GCCACUGUACUUUAACUACGAAUGCGAAACGCACUUCAUUUUGCGUCAUCUAAAUGCCUCUUGCUUGCUGCAGCACGAGGGUCUGCUAUGUGAUCCACUGUUGUACGAUGUCUUCUCCUUAUUUUAUACAAAGCAGAUCUGUUACUUCUGUCACUUCACCUGCGGCCUCUCUCAGGUCCAAACUAACCAGCAGACGCAGAGAUGUCACUGACUCUGUGGCGGUGAAAGUGGAGGAAGAGGAGGCGAAGAUCCCUGCGCAUGGACCCGCCUCGGCUUCCUUAUCCAUGGGAGGUUUUUCUGAACUCCCUCUUCAGGGUGCACCCCAUCCAAAAUCAGAGACAGCCACUGUACCGCUGUCUUCACACAGCCGCCGGAGGAGACAGCUUAAGGUGGAAUAUGACGAUGAUGAAGAUUUUAAACCGAUGAAGGUAGAGCACUGGCAACCUCCAGACUGGAAGAAACAACUUGAAUACAUUCGUGAGAUGAGGAGCAGCCGCGAUGCACCGGUGGAUAAGAUGGGAGCAGAGAAAUGCUACGACAGCGAAGCUCCUGCACAUGCCAGACGUUUCCAGGUGUUGGUGUCUCUGAUGCUGUCCAGUCAGACCAGAGACCAGGUGACGGCAGCAGCGAUGCUGAAGCUCCGAGCUCACGGCUGCACUGCUGAAAGUCUACUCGCCACUGAUGAUGAAACACUGGGAAAACUCAUCUACCCUGUCGGCUUCUGGAGGACCAAAGUGAAGUACCUGAAGCAGACAUCGGCCAUCCUGCAGAAAGAGUUAGAAGGGGACAUCCCUGACAGCGUGGAGGGGCUGGUUCGCCUGCCAGGAGUUGGACCUAAGAUGGCUCACUUGGCCAUGGACAUCGCAUGGGAUCAGGUGUCGGGCAUAGGUGUGGACACACAUGUGCAUCGUAUCUCGAAUAGGCUGGGCUGGCUAAAGACACCAACCAAGAACCCAGAGGGAACACGCAAGGCCCUGGAGGAGUGGUUACCAAGAGAGCUGUGGAGUGAAAUCAACUGGCUGCUUGUGGGCUUUGGACAGCAGGUUUGUCUUCCUGUCAACCCGCUCUGCUCUGUGUGUCUGAACCAGCACAGCUGUCCCUCUGCAUUCAAGAACUCUCCCACAAAGAGGCCUAAAGCUGGAUCCCCUCAGUCUCCAAGUCCAACCUCUGCCUUUAAAACAAAAACUGAAGUCGAACAGGACUCUGCUGUGAAAGAUGAGAGGACAAAGACUGAGCCCCUCUUCACACCUGUCUCCCCCACCACACAGAGAAAGCAAGCCAAAAGAAAGGUGAAGAUGUCGUAAGUUUCAGUCUGAGCUGUAACUUAAUGAGACAAGAGGACUCUCGCUUGUACGCACACACACUGAAAACAUGCAAGUAAGCUCAACAUAUCAAUGUGGUUCAGAACUGAUGAUGUUUGUAUCAUCAUUUAUUGUUUUUAUAAGACACUACAAGAAAAUAUUGACUUUGUACACAAGAUGUAACAUAUUGUUCUUUUAGUACUUGAUUCUUUAUUCUAAAUAAAGAGAAUGUAUGAACUCAAACUGGA